AGGUAUGUAAGUGCUGGAGAGAGAGACACUCAAUGGCGUGAUGUGAUGUAGAAGACUUAACUUAUGAGAUCUUAAAUUUGAGAAGAGGGAUCACUUGCACAGUUAAAAAUGGUCCUACAGAGAAUAAGCAUAUUGGUAUUGGUGUCUUUCCUGAGCUGUGCUGGUUUGACAACACCCUGCCCAAAUUACACUGAUCCUCAGUAUGUUAACAUUACUCGGACCUCUGGAUUUCCCAUUUCCCAUUCUUAUGAUUCUCUGGAGCCUUUGUACAAUUUUGCACGCUUGUUUCUUGGGGCUGUGCAGCCAAACUAAUUUCCAUUAGAUGUAGCAUCUCGGGCAUCAAAGAAUGAAAAACCAAAAAUGUCACAGAUUGUACACUAUGAGGCCGGGUACACUGUUUGCCUCAUUCUGGUUGUUCUGUACAUGCUGAUUAUGCCAGUUGUGGGUGGAAUGCUUGCAUGGAAUUUUUUCCAUAGCAGUACUGUUGCAGUGAUUGACAGGUCAUCACCCUUGUCAUCGCCAUGGUACAAAAAGGAUAUCACAGUGAUAACAUGCCUGUCCAUCGUAGCUGUCCUUUUGCUGGUAGGAGUAUUUUUGACAUUUACCACCAACAACAGAGUACAUGAAAACAUGAGUCCCAGUUUGAAUCACCUGAGAAAUGACAUCAGUUAUGUUGAGAAUGCAUUUAAAUCAAUCCAGAAGAAAAUAAACACUAUUAUCAAGCAGUUCUCAGUUCCUCAAGAAGAGAUCAUAAGAGAUUUAGAAGGGAUGGGGAAUUUGAUUGGUUCCACAGUCGUGUCAUCUUUUAACACCCAAGUUAAUAAUGCUCUCUUUCACAUUGCUCACACUAUUCAAGAUGCCUCUAGAGCACAGGGUAGUCUUCAGAUCUUAGAAGAAACGAGAAUAUCCAUGCAGACACGCCACAGCUAUCUGGAAUCCGAACUGCGGUGGUUGCAGAGCAGGUUGCACAGUCUCAAGAACAAUUGCUCACAAAGCUGUGAGCUCCUGGAAGGCACUGAUCUGGAGUCAGAUGCAAAUUAUUACCUGAUUCCUAGUUUGGAUGAACAGCUACAACACUUGAGUUCUGUAUCUGCACUGGAGGGUGUGGUGGAGCAGGGUAAUAUAUCAUUUUACUCCAUCCCUCAAAAUUACAUUUCUCAGACUGCACCAAAAAUCGCAGCACUGGUUGUUGACUUUAAUGAGACGAGGGAAUUCUUUAAAAACAGCAGUGACCAGAUUCCGUCUCUAGACUCACUCUCAACCACUGCAUCUGGUGUGCUUUCAAUACUAAACAGAUACCACAGGGACAUCAAAUACUAUGAGUAUAUCAGGUGGUCAUUAUCAGUGGUGUUCUGCACCUUGAUUCUGGUCAUAGCAUUGCUGAUGUUUGCUGGACUGGUUAUUUGUGUUCCUCUGAUUUUCUUUCCCGCUGUUUACCCUGUGUACCUGAACAACCAACUGAGACUGUCAGCCAUCUACCUGCUCAGGGUAGCUGCUGGUAUGAUAUUCAUCUUUACUUGGCUCUUCAUAAUCAUGGUCUUCAUCACUCUUUUCUUUGGAGGAAAUGCUUACACUCUAGGCUGCAAGGCUUGGACCAGUGGGAAGAUUUUUGAGUUCUUGGACACACAGGAGAAUCUCUUCAGCAGUUUAAACACUAUCGCAGAGUUCAAUGCCAUUCAUGCCUCCAAUAGCAACACCACCCAUAAAAAACAUUCACUUACCACAACUGACGCCUCAACAAUGCAAAUGCUCAACAUAACACAGACUGCAAAUGGGACCACAAAUGACACUUUGCCCAAGCUAAAUAUCAAGACUUCAGAGAUAUACCAUGGCUGCAGAGCAGGAAGGUCCAUGUUCUACACCAUGAAAAUGGAUGAAGUCUUCAAUAUGGACGUAUUUCUCAAUACCAGCAAGUACUUAGAAAGCUUUGAGGGCACAUUGCAGGAUAUGUCUAUAGACCUUGACAGUACCACUCUUCUGCCUGAAGAUGGAAGAUAUGCUGUUCAGAGUUUUCGAGACAGUGGCCUGGACACAAUCAACUACGAUGGACUCAGAGUGUUGAUGAGUAAAUCUGUGGUGAAGAGAGAUCUUGCAGCUUUUGCAGAUGAACUGGACACAGCAGCAGCACUUCCUGAAAAUGAAGCAAUCAGGGAUGAUAUGCAAAGAGAAGCGAAUCAUGCCAGAUACCUCAAUACAGUGGUUCAGGAGCAGAACACAGACAGAAGCAGGAUGAACUCUAGUGUGGAGGCACUUGCUAUCAUUAGUCAAGACUACAAGAGCAAUGCUGAUAAUACCCUACAGUACACCAGUGAGACUCAAGCAGCUCUUCAUAAUGAGACUCCUUAUAUCAUAGCAAAUGUGUCUUUGUGUGCAAUGAACAAGGCAGAGGAGGUACUACAACACUACAUGAACUGGGUUAGACAUGCGAUUAUAUCAGAAGUUCUGGAUUGUCAGUGGCUCUCUGUGUCUCUGAGCAAUGUAUACACAGCAACCUGUGAGAAUGUGAUUGAUCCUUGGAACGCAUUCUGGCUCUGUCUUGGAUGGUGCUGUGCAUUCCUGGUUCUUGGUGUGAUCUUUUGCAUAUUCACAUCUAGAUUAUUAGAGCUUCUGCCCAGCAAUAAAGCAUCAUUCUAUGUGCCAAAGGAUAUCUUCGAUACUGAAACUCAUUCUAAAAGCUACAAGACAAAGGAUUAUAUGGAGGAUGAAGACACUGAGAACAUCAAAUCCAACAUCUAAUUUAUGGAUGAACUUAAUGAAUCUUAAAAAUGUACAGAAUUGCACUGCAAAUGUAUAGGAUGAAGGAAACACUUAAAGCAAAAUAACAUUGCCACCAAAAAAUUAUGAGGCGACACAGGAAUGAGGAAACACAUUUUGUUCACUGCAACUAAUAUUGUUAUUUCUGUAGACUCAGUAUUCAGUAUGAUACAUAAAAAUGUCCUUUGUCUUUCUACAUAUUUUGGGUUGUGAAAGUAUGAAUUAAUGGUCUACAUACAAUUUCAGUGGCUUCCUAUUAACUUUGUUCAUGUUUUGUCAUGAUUUUUGUGUCAUAUGAGGUCAUUUUCCUUUUCUUAAAAUAAUUCAAUUUACUAAAUAAGCUAUAACAAAUAAAGACAAUUAUUACACAUUGCAAAUCCUCAUAUUGUUGGAUUGAAUGAAUUUAGCAUUAGCUUAACUAUUUGGGCUAUAGAAAAGCUUUGUAUCCCUAUGUAGCAUAUCCCUAGAUGGCAGUAGACCACAAUCAGUCAUAUCCCUCCAGUAAAUGGGUUACUAUGUUACACACCAUAAUGGACUCUUUUCACAUUUUGGGAUUUGGGACACGGAAGUAAACUACAGAUGGAUACACUGUCUUCUAUAGAGGUAAAUGGGAGACCACAGCAAAUACUGUAUCAUUUUGUGUUUGCAUUUGCUCCAACAGCAAAAUAAAAAAUCCACUAUUACGUUUCCACUGGAUCCAUUUCCAAUGGAUUAUGGCAGUCGCAAGAUAGAAAGAUGCCGAAUUUACCAUCACGCUCUCUGCAGCUGUAUUUAAAUCCCCAAUAGAGCAGUGGUGCCAUUUUUUUUCUUAAUUAAUUCCAAGGUAAAUUUAGAUUAAUUUAUAUAUAUAUAUAUAUAUAUAUAUAUAAGUACAAAGGUUUGCUAAUUUACCCUAGUUUACUAAGGUGGAUUUGCAUCAUCACAGCCUGUGAAAAGGGUCCAUUAAUUGAAUUGCCAUUUUGUGCUAUGCAUGUUGUAACUUGUUUAGUAACUAGAGCCAUUGUCAGUGUUUUAUUCAUGACAUGCUAUACACAGGAGAAAAUGACAUAGGUCACUUCACUACGCCAAAUACCAGAGCUGGGUGACGGACUCCCAUAACUGUUUUGAGGUACCUUAUCAGCUCAGACAAGAUAUUUGAGUCUGGCUAAAAAUGUAUGUGUGAACAGCAGAGACAAAACAAAACAAAUGCCUAAAAUUAAACAGAGUCUAGUUUUGAAACUAGUUCUGGGCUUUCCGCUCCAACAUCUAAUCUAUGACAAACAAAAUCAGCACAGUAGAUACACAGGACAUAAAAAGUAGCAAGUGUAGUAGAUUCAGACAAGCACACAUGAGCCAAAGAGAAUGAAGAUCCAAACGCUGAAUAUCAAAUCGCAGGCACUUUGUUAUCACUCAAAGAGAUGACAUCAAAUGACACAUUAAUAUCAGUUUCCUUAAAGUUGACAUAAAAUGCAUUUAUGGUCAUCUUAGGAUAACUUUCUGUAGUGUGAGAGCAGCAAAGGGUAUAUCAAACCAUACAGACUUCAAACUUUGAAACAGUUUCAAAGUUUAAUCAAAAUGGUUUGAUUUAAUGUGAAAAAAUUUAUUUUCACAAUAAUAUGUUUUAAAGAAAUGACUGAAAACACCGUUCCUUCAUUUUUGGCUGUAGCUCUUCAAAAUGUGUCCUGAGUGAAAGAUGUGCUAUUCAGUGGAUUACUACUGCACCACCGUGCAACAUGAAGACGAUUUAUUUUCUACUAUUUGAAAAAAAAGAUUGUGAGCCACAGUGAUUCUUUGGCAGUAAACAUUUUGUCCUCCCAACUAUUCUGUCCAACAGCAUUUCAUGCCAAUGAGUUGAUAAGUGGAAGUUGUGUUAUGAUAAAACAGGAUUCAGUGGAUGAUAAAUAACAAUAUUUCACA